AUGUCGAUGAGGAGAAAUUGCUCCAAUUCUUGUCUGAACUGUAGAAUCAGGAAGAUCAAAUGUGAUGGCGAGGCCAUAUGUGGCAAUUGCCAGAAGCGUGGUCUCAAAUGUGAACGUCCUGGCGAUGACAAGCGCAGUGUUCGCUUGACUGGUACAGAGACACAGAGACUACGCAACUUGGUGACGCUGCUUCAGGAAACUCUUUCCAAAGUUCAGGCCAUCGUAUUUCAGGAUAGACAAGCUCCAAAUGAAGCUAUACUUACUGAGCUCAAGCAAAUCUUGCUGCCUCAGAUCAAGAAAGAGGAGCCUUCUCCAGAGGUUCCGAAAAGGAAACUUCCCGUGUCUAUCGGUGCUACCAGUGGAGGAAGCUAUUCCAUCUUCGGACCAACUUCUGCGUUUUACAAUUUGGUCGAGAUGAAUCCGAACUCGGCGUCAGUGGACCCAUUUGAUAAUAUGCUCAUGAACUCUUCCUCGCUCAUUACAUGUCUAGAGAACUUCUUUAAGUUUCAGUACCCAGACAUUGCAACUUUUAUACAUAGAGAGAGCUUCCUCAACGACUUUUUCCAUCCACUGACAUUCAAGGGCUACUGUUCUGAGGAGCUCAUAUACGCAAUCGCAGCAUUGGGUGCAAAAUGUGCUGAUGAUGAUCAUUUACGUCACUUAGCACCAUCUUUCUUCGAAACUUCAAAAACAAAAAUAUUUUCCAAGAAGAUAAGCGUCCCCCAUGUUAACACAUUGCAAGCUUUGCUAUGCCUCUCGUUGUAUGAACUCGGUGACGGCAACGCUUCCUCAAGCUGGAUGCUAUCUGGUAUGGCGUUCAGAAUGGGGUAUGAUUUGGGGUUUCAAUUGAAUCCUAGGGACUGGGCAAUUGAACAGAGCUCGGAUAAAACCCAUCCAGAUAUAAUGACAAAUAUGGACGUGAUGGUACGGUCGCGUGUCUACUGGGGCUGUUUUGUCUAUGAUCAUUUUGUCAGCCUACUCAUGGGCCGGCCUAUAACAGUACGAAAAUCUGAAGCUACGAUACCUUCUAGUGAGCACCUUCCAAACUCUACGGGGAUUGAGAAUUUCAUAUUCCAGCCCUCGAAUGAUCCACAAAGCGUGGCAAAUCUUGAUGCCUCGCAGUCUUUGAUUUCCUUGUGCUCACUUAGUGAGUGUGUCGGCCUGGUUCUUAAGGAAAUCUUUUCCAAGGACUCUGCUGGCGAUGACAUGUCAUACCUUACCAAGCGCAAAAUCCACGACUUUAAUGAAUACUUAGGCAUAUGGAGAAGCAAACUUCCAGUUGAAAUGCGUUGGAGUAAGACUACGCUAAAGAGACAAAAUUACAACCCCACUCACCUGAAUUUUCGCUUAUACUACUAUAUCUUAGUCUUAUGUUUGAACAGACCAUUUGUGAAUGUCAAGACUGAGGAUAGUCCAUCACAUUCAUUGUGCAUCAAUGCAAUGUCGGAAUUGGCGACAUGUCUUGACAAAUUCAAUCAGUCAGGCCUUCCACCGUCCAUUCUUAUAGUGUAUCUGUCUAUUUUGGGCAUCAGUACAACAUUGUUAAAGAUCCACUCGUCGCCGUCAUCGAUGCUGGAUCUGGACAUCGAUAAUCUAAAAGUUUAUUACACGACGAUCUCCCGAUCGUGUCAAAACUGGCAACUUGCUACUCGCUCACUCUUUUACUUAAAGAGUAAAAUCGCAGAGAUGGGUCUUAACGACCUCACAAAAAUCAUCGAAUCUGCUGCAGAAGAGUACCAAGAGCAGCAUUCCGAUACCGACUGGGACCAGGUCUUUGGAGGUUUGAAUGCCAACAUGGACUGGGCCAUGUCGGACAACGUAUUUUCUAAUUUCUUUGACUUUUUAAAUACUGACGACGUCACCAGGGACGUCUCAUGA